AGGGGCGGCCUUGUUUGCAGAGUAUGUGGUAAUUCCUUCGGUCCGUGAAUGCAUCAGUAGAUGCAGUCUCGCAAGUAAACACACGGUGCACCGCACUAGUCAUUUACUCUCACUAGUCAUUUACUCUCUCAGGCUCGGCCUCGUCGAGUCGGGGCUACCUAUUCGCCGGCCUGGUGGCUUGCCUGUGCAGGGGAAGGCGAAAGAGGGGCAUCGGCAUGGCGGACAUGGAGGCGCGGCGGCAGGCUGCAGGACGUUGUGCCUUCUCUCUCUACCCCGGAGCUCAGCUGAAAGCGAUGACUGUCACGUCCAAGAAGCUCUGAAGAUGAAAAGAACUCCUGUUAGACGAAGGUCCAAGGACCUUCAAGGUGUCUCCAUACGCUCAGUCAAUGAUCCAACCAGCACCUGCCCAGUGAUCUCAUCAAGUGCUUUGACCAAUAGGUUGGAGGCACAGUCCAUGACCCUGCUAACUGCAAGACUACCUUUUAGAUUAGUAGUGAAGGACAGCAGGAAGCCAUCCCAAUCUCAGGGCCAAGGCGCAAACGCCUGGACUCUCCGAGCAGGACAGUCCGGUAAAGACCAGAUGUGGAUACCAUGCAGGGGCAGGGAUCAGGCCGGGAUGGAGGUUUGGGAAGGAGGUCAAGAUACCUGGAGCGCAGGAGGGGAUCUUGGAAGACCAGAACAGACUUGGGACUGCAAGAGUAAUGAAGAUGUAUGGAGAAGCAAAAACAGAACGAAUGUGUGGCAUCCUGAAGUUUCCAUGGUUCAGUCUAUUGAGGAACACAAGCCACCUACGAUCUCCACCAAGAAGGAGCCUCCCACCUACGCUCCAGGAAGCCAAGAAGAGGGCUGGCAGCUCCAGAUUGUCGCCAUAGGCAGAGUGACGUGUCCCAAAUGUAGAAGUGUGAGCCGGAAGACUGUGGAAGGCUUGAAGAAGCACAUGGAGAACUGCAGACUGCAACCCUUCACAUGCCUGCACUGUGGGAAGCAGCUGAUGUCCUCCACGGGGAUGAAGUAUCACAUCAUAGCCAACCACAGCUUCCUGCCAUCAGCAGAUGACACUAAGGACCUGGAUGACCGCACUAUUAAAGACAAGCUGCGUAAAAUCCUGAAGAAGUUGGGCAAGUUGAAGUGCUCCAAAGAGGGCUGCAGGGCGGCUUUCACCAGCAUUAUGGGAUAUUUGUACCACAUGAAGAAGUGCGGCAAGCAGGAGGCGGAGCUGGAGAAGAUGCGGCUCAGUUGCUCCCACUGUGGGAAAACCUACAAGUCCAAAUCGGGCCUGGAGUACCACCUCAAGUCUGAGCACGCCCCAACUGCUGAGAACAGUGAGGAAGACGUGGUGCUGAAGGUCCGAAAGGAAGCAGACCCGGAGAGGAUGCCCAGCGGCAGAUUACAGCGGGCUUCUGCACUGGUGGCCAACUUUCACCUGGCGGAGAUCGCCAGCAAUGAGCCGCACAAAGAUUGGCCCAAGAGGAAAUUUCAGUCAGACUUGGUGCCUGAAGACAAAAAGUUAAAAUACUUUCGACCCAGCCUGCCCGCCUUCAGCCAGGAGGUGCUGAAGAAGUGGAAGGACGAGUUGAAGCUGCACAGGAAGGUCCAAUGUCCCAACCAGGGCUGUGGCUGCACCUACACCAGCGUGUCAGGACUAAAGGCUCAUCUGGGACUGUGCCCAAUGGGUGACGUUGACGCGGGCAAGUAUAAAUGUCUGAUCUGCAGCAAAGAGUUUAAAUCAGAGAGCGGGGUGAAAUACCACAUCAACUCCACGCAUUCACAGGACUGGUUUGUGACAAACAAAAAAGCUUCAAAGAAGUUUGAGAAGUUCCUUAAAAGGCAAUCCAAGGAGUCUUUCCAAAAAACAGAGAAGCAGAUAACGAAUGCACACCACCAUCACCAUCACCUCCGUUCUCAUCAUCAUCAUCAUCAUCAUCAUUAG